CUAAAAAUAGUGCAUGUGGAAAUUCCGUUGGAAUAUUGUCUGAGACUGCAGAGAUGAAAACGUUGAUCAGUUUCCUGUUACACAGUGUUAUACUAGCGCUCCCAACUGGCAACACAACAGCAAAGGAAUCUGCAAACGAACCUGAAAGUAGUGAUGAAACAGAAGAGGAUUCAGGACCAAGUUCGACAGAAGAUGGAGACGCCAGUGUUACAUCAACAGGCAAGGAGAAGACAGAGCCGAACGAUAAUAUAGAAACAGCCACCAAAGACUUUAGACAUGAUAAAUACUCUACAGUAUUACCAAGAUUCGAGCACUGCAAUGAAGAAAGACAAUGUGAAGAAUAUGGCAGUCCUGGUACCCAAUAUAGAUAUACAGAAUCAGACUUAUCUUUAAAUGCAGUGGAACAGAAAAAUCUUUUUUGGAGAAGUCCUACAGGUCAUGUAGCGUCAGAAACCAACAGUUUAGGACACGGAAAAAGAGAGAUAAGAAGACCGGUAACUGAAGAUCAAGAAAGUGUAUCAUGGGGAACAUUAUCAGAAGAUAACCUUAGCGUAGAUGCACGCGCAUGUGCACUUCCAAAGAGAAGACCAAAAGGUGCAAAAACAAAAGCAGAUAAACUUGGACAGACUGAAGAAAAAACAUGCGACAAGGAGAAAAGACAUCAUACAAAAGAGGAAGAAAAGAUGAAAAGGCAAGACGCUCUAGAGGAUUUUAUUAGACAACUUGUUCAUCAGCAGGUGUCACCACAAGCUAGAGUAAAAUUUUUCGAUGCGGCAAUAGUAUACGAAAAGGAAGAUUAUUCUGAGGCGCUGAAUUUCAGAGAAGAGGUCAUUAUGAUAGUUAAAUCAGCACUGAACGAAGAAGUGCGAAUCGAACUAUUCGACAGCGAAGAGUUUGCACAGUCAAAGAUUAUUGUUGUUGAGGAUGUUUUAAACAAAUGUAGUCUGGUUUUUGUUUAUCUUACGAUUAACUUCAGAUCACCAGAGUUGAAAUUUUUCAUCGAAGAAGCAAUUGGAAUGUCCAGGCUGGGACUGCAUAACCAAGACAUUCAAGCGGGAACCUCUCAUAAUGAAAGGCAAUGGGUUUUAAAACCAAUCCAUACGAUGCCGCCAAAAUACCGUGCAUACAGAGUACCAACAGGCUUACUAUCGGUAAAUGGUAUAGAAUGGUACAACAAGGAUUCAGCACAUACAAGGCAACAGAUUUGUGCAGUCAUGCAUACAGCAAUACACACACGGAAGGAAAGGGAAAAGCAAGUACCCAUUUCUCAUUUACCGAGACAGAUAGUUCAUCAAAAUCCAAGAAGAGAUAUUCCAGACAGACACGUACAAGGCCUUAGUAAUUUAUCUAAACAAAAUAUUGAAAACACAGGACAGAAUACACAUCAACAUUUGAUUUCACACCAGUCACACGAUGCGAUGUCGGUCGUACAAGAUUCAGUACACUUAAAUAGGUCGGACUACCAUUCAUUACCGGGUGGACACAAUUAUUUUCCUACGAGAGAAAAUUUGCACAACAGCUUGCACCACAUACCUUUAUCGCAAACAAAUCAAGUGAAUACAUAUGAACAUGUAAAUGGGACAAACUUACAAAAUGCAUUUCAUGGUCCUUUGAAUCAUAGGUACGGUCCGAUACAAGAUAUGAACAGAACCUUACCACCAACCAUGAGUAGUGAAUUAGUACAAAACGGUCAAUACCCAUACACGUUCCGUCAAGCUGGACAACAUUAUAUAUCCUCUCAAGCUUACCAACAACAACCGCCUCAGCCUAGAGCUGUAUAUCAGUCGGCAGGCUUGCAUAAUCGAAAUGAGCAGUCCAGUGUCCACGGAAACGGGAACAUUUCAUAUCAUGCCAAUCAACCAGGUGAUUACUUGCAUAAAAGCUACGCCCCAGUCGGUCAUAAUGGUCAAAUAUAUAAUCAUCCAAAUGCAUAUAUGGCGCCGGUGCAACAAAUAGGGUUAACACGUCAUCCUCGUAACGAUCCAAGUUAUACAAGUCAACGAAAUAUGUCGGGAAUGUCAGGUCCUGCCUCUUACUGGCAAGGAAAUCCCCAGGUUCAGUCACAAAUUCAAGGAGGAGUACCUAAUAACAGGUAUGGUAUGUAUCAACAGGUACCAUUACGUCAGCAAGACAUGACAGUUCAACAACAGUUCAGUCAGUAUCAAGACCAACCGUUAACUAGAGAUGCUUUACGCAGUGAGUCUGGAAACUUUCUUUUUGACCAAAGGAAUGAUGCUCCGCCUAGCACACAACUUAGUGUUGUUUCCAAGGUUACGGGAAAGCUUAUAGUGAAUCCCAAUCUUUCUACUGACGAUGUAGAAGUAGAUAAUUACGUAACAACGCACAGUAGUCACACCAAAGUACCUGCAAAGUCAGGAAAAGGGAAAACGAAUCGAAUGAGAAGACAAAUGCAUGCCGAAUACGAAUCUGAAGAUUCAAGCAGCGAUAGCGACUUUGAUACUCCAAAAUAUAAAUUGAAACGUGGAAAACAGAAAGUAGUAAACGUUGUUGGCUGUAAAAUCGUUCAGAUGGGAUCAAGAAAUAAAGUCAAGGAAAACGCAAACAAAUAUUCUGUUGCUGAUGAGUUUCCAGUAGUUAAAUCAAACUGCGACGAAGUCAAAAUGAAUCAUAGCCCUGAAAGUAUUGGCACAUCAUCUGCGACGACAUCUAUUUCUACUCCUUCCCUUGAUCAAACAUCAGCUUUGGAGAGUAAUAUUUUAUCUACCGAUAACAUGUCUGCAGGGAGUUCAAUACUUAGAAACCUUGAUAGUGGUAAAGGAGAAAAACCUGUGGCAGACAAGAUAGAUAUUCCGGGUAGAGUGCCAGGUGACAGCGAUGAACGAUUGCAUAGGAGAGAUAUUGUGUUAACUCAUUUGAAUUCUGUCGAACCUGGACAGGAACCUAGCCUGGAGACCAAUGAUAUAUCGAAUGCUGAUCGGGAUACAAAUGCAUAUUGCGAAAAGUUCCAUUCAUUUCAAAGUCAAGGUUCGGCCAAAAAAAGUGAAUGCCCAAAUUCACCAGAUGACAACCUAUCUGAUAGCGGUGACUACUUGUUUGAAAGUGGCACAUACAGUUUAGAUAUUCCUAAGGUGGCCCCAUUUACUUUCAGUAAUGCUAAAAGCUGCAGGAUAAAUGUGUUAAGGAGAAGUAUCAAAGUAAAUACACUGUAUAUCAAACAAGCAAACGAAGAAAGUGAAAUAGAUUAGCAUGCAAGACAAGUAAAAAAGAAUGUAAUUAGUUUAUCAUAUGGUUUACCAGAUGCUCUAAGUGUCUUUCAUAAUGUUUCACGUGCACUGUAUGAUUUACUGCACUUUCAUAUCGUUAUAUGUGUGGACACGUUCCGUUGUUACUUUUUUAUCCGUUUUAUUAGCACACUUCAACAAAAAUACGUCAUUAACUUUAUUACUGCUUUUUCGUUACCUUAUAAUCUUAUAUCCUUUCCGCAGCCUUAACGUACUAAAACGUAUUAGCGUUUGAUGGCCCUUUCACGCUUCCGUAGAAACAACAUUUAUUACACGAAACUUAUUUUGAAAAUAUUUCUGAAAUGUCUAGAUCUACAGCUCUCAAAUACAGUUAUAUCUUACAUCUGAGGCAUAUACUGACACUCUCAGGCAACACCAAAAAUGACAUUUUGAGCGAUUUGAUUAAGUUCCAAAAUUAUCAAUGUACCCUUGGUCCGUUACGGACCCCUGUGAGAUUUCUGUUUAUCCAGAGCUCAAAUAUUUUUUCAUAGAUUAAAAGCUGACAUGCUGUACUAAAGCCCAGGUAAUUUCAAUUCGUAAUAAAGUGCUGAAAAUUGGCUCCCCAAUAGCAUAAAAAAAGUCCACGCGCAUACAUUUAGACGGGGUGACCCCUGCGCGUGACCCCUGACUAUCUACGAAUCAAAAUGCGGCUUUCGUUUUCAAGUUUAGCAUUUCUACUUUCAUUUUAUUUACUUCCGGAAAUAGCUGAAGGUCGAGUGACGUCAUUUUCUGUGUUGUCAAAAGCAUACAUAUGCCUGGCGAGAUUGCAUAAAUAUGUGCUGACCGUCCUAAGGAUAUAUGCAUUCAGCCUUAUAUAAUCUAAGUCUAUUAUUAUUUUUUCUUGGAAUAAAAUGAGACCUUUUAAUUAUCAAUGAAAAAGAAUACACGUGAAAGGCAAGAAUGGAUUUGAUAACGUAUGAUACAAAGGCAUAUCUUGCUUCUCAGAAUGUGGCUUUUAAAAACAUUCAGAGUUUAUUUUUCAUCUCAAAGAAGCAUCAACUAAUCAUUAACUGAGAAUUAUUCUCUAAAUACAAACUGUAAAUGUAUAUACAUGUACCUAACCGAUAAAACGUUUGUAAAAGCCAUGGGAAUGAUCAUGGCUGGAUUGACUGAGAUACUGUUAAAAAAAGCAAGAACAAAAGUGCAGAUAAACAGCUACAUCGCCCAUAUAGCACUUAUCAGAAAUACAAUAAAACAUAAUUCACAUUAUUAAAACGUGUACAAUUAGUUUAAACUGAAGAUAUACGCUCCUUUAGAACAUCAUUUUAACCUCUUAAUUUUAAUUAUUUGUUGUCAUAACAUCAUUGAGAUUAUCGUCAUGAUUAUGCUGUUAUUUGUAUUGAUUUAUUUCGCUGUAUUAUACAUGUUCAUGCUCUACACUGAUCUCAUUAACAUAUGAUUGAUUUUCUCUAUUGAAUGUUUAUUAAUAUUAUGCUUAUAAACGCUGUGGUAAAUACACCAUAAUGCUUAUCCAGAUUCACAUGCUAUGAGUUAAAAUUAAUAUAUGAGUUAAUUGAUGCGUUUUGUACGCCAAAGGUCGCAAAUGGAAAAGCAAUUAUUUGUUUCAUUAUAUUUAAUAUUAUUCUUGAUUAUUCUACUUCAGUUUCAAUAUUUAUUUUUCGUUUCCAGUAUAUUUGUUUUUACAUAUACAUGUCAUAUGUCAUUUGUCUUUUUGCGGUUUUUCAAUUAUUUGUUGCAUUUUCAUGCUCUGAAGUACAUUAUCAAACCGAAGUUGUUCCAGUCCAUGCUUACAAUAGAGUUGAUUUUAAAGAAACAAACCUUUUAUUUGGACUGUUAUAAUUUCUAUAUUAUGAAUUGAUUUUAUGUUCUACUUGAAAUACUUCUAUGUCGUUUGGCUAAUAUACAUUCUUCCACUAACACACAGCAUUUAGGAACUUUCGCUGUGGUGUGGCUCCUAUAAGAAAUGUACUGUAGAAACUAUCAAGUGGAAUCUGAGAAAGUGUUAGAAUAUAGAAGGGGUUUAAUUUAAAAAUUGCCAGAUUUCAAUGAUUUAUUUGUAAGUUAUGCUAUUCUUGAUAAUAUGGCAGUGAAUGAAUUAGUUUCGAAUUUUGUGCAAAUAUUUAAUGAUGUUGCCAAGCCAAUUUUUCGAAAAGAACUGCAUGUAGGAAAUCGUAUGCCACAAUUUACUGCAAGGAGCCCCUGGAAAGGUUCGGAAUCGUUUGAUGCGUCGUGCCAUGCAGCUAAACGUUUGUAUAUUGAAGCUUUGCGAAUUUUCAAUGUAAAUAAAAGUGACGAAAACAGGAUAAAUUCAAAAAAGCGAGACUAUAAGAAACUAAUAAACAGUAAACGUAAAAAUUACAAAAUUAGAAAAAUGAAAGAGAUAGAAAGUUUAAAAUCGAAAAAGCCUUGUGACUUUUGGAAAUGUUUUUCAAAAAGAAACAACGUAUAAGAGACGCUGUGUCUUUAAAUGAUUUCAAGAACUUAUCGGAAGAAAUAAAUUUUACAUAUAUAUAUGACAAUGAAAGUGAAGACUUUUGUCGAGAGCAGUUGUUGUCUGAUGAUCCAAUAUUCGAUGAACUAGAUGUCGUUAUCACUGUGGAUGAGGUGCGACAAGCGGCCACUUUCCAAAAUCAUAGAUGGAGAGAAUAAUAGUCCCAGUGUUUAAGAAAGGUGACGAAUCUGAUAAGAAUAACUAUAGAGGGAUAACGUUAGUGAGCGUGUUCACAUCCAUAUUAAAUACUAGAAUGUCAAAAUGGUGCUCAAAAUAUAACAUAAUAUCUGAUUCGCAAUUUGGUUUUAAAAAGGGAUAUUCAACAACUGAUGCCAUCUUUAGCCUGUUCGGUUUGAUUCAAAAUUCCUUAAGUAAUGGCAAACGUUUGAACGCAACCUUUAUAGAUAUGAAAAAGUGUUUUGACAGUGUCUACCGAAAUGCAUUAUGGUUUAAAAUGUUCAAACUAGAAAUUAGUGGGAAAAUGUUACAAAUAGUUAGAUCUAUGUAUGAACAUGUCCGUUGUCGAGUAAGACAUUGUAAUAGAUACACAUAUUAAUGGAAACAAUUGUAGGCUUAAAGCAGGGUGAGAUAUGUUCACCGUUACUAUGGUCUAUGUUUAUAGAAGACUUGGAACUAUAUAUUGGGCGUAGACCCGGAAGUGGUUUAAACUUUGAUGAUGUCACUCUUAUAAUGUUUCUUUACGCAGAUGAUAUGGUUCUGUUCUCUAAUGAUGUUGAUGAUUUACAACAAAGCCUUAAUGACUUGUGUAAUAUUGUAACCGUUGGGGUUUACCAGUGAAUACGGACAAAACAAAAUGAUGGUUUUCAGACGUCGUAGAAGAGUCCGCAAUAAUGAAGUGUGGUCAUAUGAUGGUAAAAGACUCGAAACAGUUGACAGUUUUAAUUAUUUAGGUGUUGUACUUGAUUCUUAUGGUAAUUUUAACUCAAAUAUACAGAUGCUUGAUGGGAAAUCGUUGAAAGCUAUGAACACUUCAUUUUGUAAUACUAGAGAAUUUAAUUUUACACCUAAGACGAUGUGUAGUCUAUUUGAUUCUUUUGUAACAUCUAUUUUAAAUUAUUCCUCAGAAGUGUGGGGAUAUACUAAAUGUAAAGAAAUCGAAAGAAUACAUUUGAAAUUUUGCAAAAAGUUGUUAAAUGUAAAAAUCUCUACAAGUAAUGUUGGAAUUUAUGGAGAACUAGGUCGCUUUCCAUUGUAUAUAAAUAGAUUUGUCCGUAUAGUUAAAUAUUGGUUUAAACUUAUCAAUACUGACAAUUUUGUUUUACAAUUGUGUAUUUUACGUUGAAAAAUGAUCUGCUUAGUGGCAAGAUACACUGGUUAUCUAAUUUUAAAGAUAUGCUUACUACAAACGCUUUUUGGUUAUGUAUGGGAUAAUCCAUAUAAUGUUACUGUAAAAGUAUUUAUUUCUAACUUUAAGCAGCGUCUUGUUGAUACUUUUAUACAGAACUGGAAACAUGGUGUGAAUGAAAAUAGUGUUCUAUUUGUGUAUAAGUAUGUUAAAGAAAAUUUUGGUUAAUAUGAGGAAUAAUUAAGUGUUAUGUAAAAUCGUCUAUAUAGACAAUUAUUAAAAAAGUUUAGGCUUUGUGCUCAUAGACUUCGUAUUGAAACAGGUAGAAAUAUGGUUGGUAUAGAAUUGAUAGAUCUGAAAGAACUUGUGAAGUAUGUGGAAAUAAUGACAUACAAGGCGAAUAUCAUUUUAUAGUUGUGUGUCCGAAAUAUAAAACAAUCAGAAAGCGUUAUAUUGCGUUAAAUAUUAUUUUCAUCAUCAUAGUAUGCAAAAAUUUAUACAUCUGAUCUCAUCAACUAACGCAAAAGUGCUAAAUAAACUCGCAUGUUAUAUAUAUAAUUGUGCCUUGUAAAUUAGAGAAAUUUCUUAAGAGAUAGAAUAUGAAAUAGUUAUUAAUGCGUUGAAGCUUUGUAAUUUAUGAAUUGUUUUCCUCGUUUUAUUUUUGAAUGUGUAGAUGUUUACUUGCUGUAUAGUUUGACCUUACAUAUUGCUAUAUUGCUAUUUGUAUGUUUAGAUGAGGAGCUUUCAGCUCAAGUCUUGAAUAAAAUCUUCUUCUUCUUCUUCUUCCUAUAAGACUGGAAACAGGAAGAUAUGCAAACCUUAGGGCUGAGAACAGAUUAGGUCAUUUUGCAGUAUUCUAGAAAAUGAAGCACAUUUUUGUUAAACUGUAGCCUUAAUGAAGACUUGCGUGUAAUAUGCUAGAUAUUGCUGUCAAAGUUGAUCAAGAAUCUGAAUGAAAAAUUAGUGUUUCUUUUUACUCAUCAUUCUUUAAUACGUAGCUGUGCCAAAACCUAUUUUAAUAUUUUACAAAGACGCGGUUUUUAUCUUUGUAGAUAAUCACGGUAUUCAUUUCUAAACUUAUUGUAUAGAGCCCUUUUUACAUUUGAGUAGUAGUUGUUAGAUAAUCCACUCUUUGUAUGAUUGAAGUUGGUAAAAGUUCUUCUCUUUUUUUAAGCUGUAAAAGCGGUUGCUUUUUGUUUAAAUAUAAAUCCUCCUUUUCUUUUUCAGUCAAUAUUAACAAUUAUUCCUAGCUUGUUUCUUUCUUAACAGGUAUAUAUUUCUGUAAUGACUAUGAUUUUAUCUGUGAUAAGUCACUUAUAAUUCUGAUAUAAGAAUGUGUAAUCAUAUAUGUUUGAAUAUUGUAUUGUACAUACAAGAGACUGAAAUAAAGAAAUAAUAUACAUAUACAAGAAA